CUAGCUUCACACAAUUACGGAUACAAAUUUUGAAACAUGGCUUCUGUGAAGUAUGCAGUUGUUGAUGUAAACGAAUUUCUUUCUAAAAAACAAACUACUGAGCCGGAACUAUCGGAGGAUUGGGCUAAGUUGGAGGAACUUUACAAUAAAAAGCUAUGGCACCAACUGACGCUAAAGCUGCAAGAGCUGGUGAAGCAUCCGUCGCUGCAGACCGGCGACAACCUGAUACAGCUCUACACUAACUUCUUAACCACAUUCGAAAACAAAAUCAACCCUCUGUCGCUGGUGGAGAUCGUGGCCGUCGUGGUGGCGCAGUACACCGACAAGAGAGAGGCCAUCGCGUUCCUGGAGAAGGUGGAGGCCAAGGUCAAGAUGAACGAUGAGGCACUGGCUCUAUGUAAGGUGCUACAAGGUCAGAUAUACCUGGAGCACCUGAACGACCUGGACGCCACGGAGAAGAUCAUCGAGCAGCUGGAGAACACCCUGGAGGACGCGGACGGCGUCACGCCGGUGCACGGCCGCUUCUACAAGCUGGCUUCUGAAUAUUACAGGGUGCGCGGGCCGAUGGCGCGCUACUACCGCGCGGCGCUGCGCUACGUGGGCUGCCUGGGCGGCGGCGCGGGCCUGCAGCCGCAGGAGCGGCGCGAGUGCGCGCUGCGCCUGGCGCUGGCCGCCGUGCUCGCGCCCACCGUCUACGACCUGGGCGAGCUGCUGGCUCACCCGAUCCUCGAGUCGCUGCAGGGCUCGGCCGACGAGUGGGCGUGCGAGCUGCUGCGCGCCGUCGCCGCGGGGGACGUGGUGGCCUUCGAGCGCAUACGCGCGCAGUCGCCGCACCAGGAGCUGCACCGAGCGGACCGCCAGCUGCGCCAGAAGAUCGCUAUAUUGUGUCUCAUGGAGAUGGCGUUCAACCGCACGUCAGCGCAGAGACGGCUGACAUUCAGUGAGAUAGCGCGCGAGGCGCGCGUGCCGCCCGCCGACGUGGAGCUGCUGGUGAUGAAGGCCCUCGCCGACAAGCUCAUUCGCGGACACAUCGACCAGGUGAACGAGACGGUGACGGUGACGUGGGUGCGCGCGCGCGCGCUGGGCCGCGCGGGCGCGGGCGCGCUGGCGCAGCGCCUCGACGCCUGGUGCGCCGCCGCCGACAGCGCCGCCUCGCUGCUGCACAACACCGCGCCCGACCUGCUCACGCUCUAGCCGCUGCCUGCAGAUCAGAGGUGGAGCGAUGUGUGCAGAAAUGAAAAUAUUUUAAGCAUUGUCGUGUAUGUGCCAGUAAAGAAUACAAUUCGAGACACCAUCCUGCAAAACAAUAAGGCUGUAUUAUGCGUCUUGGCAUGUAUUCUUUAUAGACAAUUUAUAAUGGUGUAUGUCUGGAGCUGAAUAAAUAAAUAGCUUGCAUAA